UCUCCAGGAUGAAGAGGAGCCAUUGCUGUGGGCGUGCAAAUUAAGCUGGAACUACUCCAACGAAAGUUGUGGAUGGCUGCACAGCAGCCCAAUGACACUGAUUGUAGUGGUGUGGAGGGCCUCUGUCCCAUGAACUGCCUGGAUGAUAAUCUGAACUGCUUCCUCAUUGAUAAUAAUGGAUUCAUACUUGUUUCGAAAGCUUCCAAACAGACUGGAAAAUUUUUUGGAGAAGUGGAUGGCUCUAUUAUGACCCAGCUCAUAAAUAUGGGAAUGUUCACACAGGUGAAAAUGUUUGAUUAUCAAGCCAUGUGUAAAGUACCCCACCACCACCAUAGUGGCGCUCGACCUCUUCUUAGUCCAUUUUAUGCCUUAUUGGCAGCAGUAAGGUGGCUGAUAACUGACUGCCUCAUAUUCCUUUUGGAGUUUAAUAUAUCUAGCUUCUGGCACACAGACAACUUGGCAGAUGCCAAGUCUGUUUUCCAUCAUGCUCACAAGCAUAAGAAGCAUGACAUGCUGCAGCCUUGUGAUACAGAAUACCCAGUGUUUGUGUAUGAGCCUGCCAUCAAAGAAACCAAUGGCAUCAUUGAAUGUGGAGACUGUCAGAAGAUGUUUGUGGCACAGCAAAUUACAAACAGCAAUCUCCUUUUCCUGGUUGCAGAUGCUGUCUGUGACUGCAGCAACAUCCCACCAGUUCUUCUGCUUCCUAAAGAAGUCAAAUAUAAUGCGUCAGUAAAGUGCGACAGGAUGCGCUCCCAGAAGCUGCGAAGACGACCAGAUAGCUGCCAUGCAUUUCAUCCUGAGGAAAAUGCCCAGGACUGUGGAGGGGCUGCAGAGAUAUCUGCUUCACUGAACUUACUACUCCUUUCCGUAGGAGCCACAACUCUUCUCCUGAGGUGACAGAGCCCACCAUGAUCCCUACCCUUGAGCCAAAAAAGCAUAAGCCAUGCUAUUUUGAAGAGGAUACUACUAUAAUUAUUGUACUACUGCAUGUGUAUGAGAACAGCAGUACUUGUACUCCCCAAAUCUGUGCUGCAUUUGCUACUGAGGCAAAUACAAGCAGCAUGACACUCAGACUGGAGGUAUUGUACCUAUGGACCAAACAAGAUAACCCAGCUACAUGAUCUGGAUCACAGCUGACCAUCCCUGCCUCAGCAGCAUGGAGACAUUUACAAAGCGUCACUGAUGGUGACAGAUGCUGCCAGAAUUGAUGGGUUUUUAUCCUACCAUUUACUUUAUAGUAUAGUGGCUUUCCCUACAGCAGAAAGAGAGAUAAAGACUUCAUACUGCUCUCUGCUAUAUGUAUGCAACUUACCUGAGCAGCACUAUUGGGAGAUCAGCCACUCUGCUGAAGGCAGUGUACCAGUUUUGCUUCUAAAGGAGGAAUUUGUCCAGUUUGACCACCAGCAAUGGAUCUGCACUAUGUUUAUCAAAGAGCUGGAGAACAAGGUUUCCAAGCCAGGCAGCAGAAGGAAAUUGCUGCAGGUGCUCCUUCUGCAGCAUUGUAAUUGUUAGCUCUGGUUUCAGCUGCAUGCUCCCUGGCACUCUAAAUGGGAAUGCUUCCAGGAAUGACAUAGCUUCACUAUAUAACAUUGAUGCAUACAGUGUUUGACACCAGAAUGGUUUUAAAAAAAAUAUCUCAAUUUCAUUUCAGGAGUCAUACAAUAUUGGCCUUUCUGUGUUUAAGCUGAUGAAUUUUCCAGCUUGAGAUAUAUCAGUGUUCCUUGUAGCCAUAUGUCUCAAACUUCUUCAGUUUCAUAACACAUGGCAAGAGAGUUUAGGGAAAGGGAGGACACUAAUUCAGUUCUAUGGUCACACAAUGAACAUCUUUAAAUGUGGCCUGACCAAUUUUAUACCAUAGUACUAACAAUGGUUUGGUAUUUGCAGGAAUAUAAAAAUGGAUUUUUGGGGGGAAUCCAACAGAUCCACAUUUAAUACCACACUUAUCUCCUUCUCUAACUGAUUCUGAAGAGUAUUUUGUCAAACAGUAGAGAAACAGGCCAUACAGCAGGAGAUAGAAAAUAUGGCAGGCCUAAGUGUCAGUUAUAUGCCUGUAGGAUCUGCAAUGGACCAUACAAACUGCCUAAAAUGGCAGGGGUGGGGGCAGAGCAAACCCAGAAAUAACCAGAAGUUGGCUUCUGGUUUUGAAAAACUGGUAUUUUGUAAUGCUCAGCAGAGAAGGGCCAUUCUGCAAACUGCUGCUCCUGAUGGCUUUUUGACCAGAAAAAAAGAUAGUCUGGAGCGUUGGGGUUAAUAACAGCCACCAGGCACAAAUAAACUCAGGGCUGUACUUUGUCAUUUUUCAGUACAGUGAAGUCUUUUCAAGGAAAGGGAAUGCAAACACCUAAUGGCCUAAACCCUGUUGUUAGUCCUAACUUGCACAGACCCAUCCAAUCAAUGGGAUUUACCUAAGUGGUGACUCACAAUUCAGCAGCUGAUUGAAUGGAUCUACUGUAGUUAGGAUUAAUUAACAGGAUUCCAGCCAGAGAGUGAUGUACUAGUAACAAAGUAUUUCUCUCAGCUUUUGAAAGCCUUUAUGCCUUAUGAGAGGAUCUGAGGACAACCUUGAUUAGAUUGUCAUAUCUUUUUCCCAGGAGUCUUAGUGCCAGUGCUGGGUCACUGGCCACAUGUUAGGACAUCUAAACAGCAUCACAAAACUCUCCAAAGUGGAGUCAAGUUGGUCAUCCUCUGAACAGGAUCAUUUAGGAAGAAACUGAUUUCCUACAGAGCAAGAACUGAAUGGCUAGAUCAGAUUUGCUUGACAGUACUAGCAUUUCAA